UGAAACAUUCCAAGAGUUCCAACGAUGGCGAGACUAAAUCCAUCCCCAACCCCUUCCACUCCACCACACCCCUUCCUCCCCCCCCCCCUCCUCCUCCUCCUCCUCCUUGCAACAACCCUCACCCUCCCGCACCUCACCCUCGCCACCCCCUCCUACGUCUACGGCGACCUCACCGACGCGGCCCCCUUCUCCCUCCCCGCCGCGCUCUUCCGCGACCUGACGGCCCACCCGGCCGCGACCGCCAACGCGUCCAUCGCGGGCUACAACGUGUCUGCCCCCGCGGGCACGGACGCCGGCGCCGGCGCGCCCCUGCCCGGCUGGACGCUCGCCGCCGCCGUGGCGCCCGACGUGCCGCUCGCGGCGUCGGGCAACGCGUCGGUCGAUAAGAGGAAGUUCACGGUCGCGACGACGCUGGGCAUCGCGGCGCCGCCGCAGCUGCUGGCCGGGGGCGGGGGGGCGCUGGUGCUGGAUCCGAGCUGGAGGGUGUGCGCUACGGUGUAUGUCGGCGGGAUCCUGGGGGCUGCUGAGGGGGACGGGCUGCUGAAGACGCAGGGGAGCUGCUCCGAGGUGCUGCCGGGCGACUGCCUGAAUGAGAUGAUGGUGGCGGCGGUGACGAGCGGGGUGGAUGUCGAGGGGCGGUGUACGAAUCCCGGGCUGCAGAGGAAGUGUGUGGGGAUUAUUGGCGCCGAUGGGGAUGGCCCAUCUUUCCCUCUCACGGAGAGCAUCAUCUCUGCCAGGUCAUUUUUUGAGUACGGGUCCUCGCCCACCGAGAAGGGCAACGAAUCGGCGCUGGCGGAGGCGACUGGGACUAUCUGGCCGGUCGUCAUCGCAUGGGCGCACCUCGCUGAAAACGGCGAGAUGCAGUCCACUAACGCGUACGUGUCCUGCGUGCGUGCCUCGAACACGGUCGGCGGCUCUGGAUCGGUGGAUGGCGGGGGGGCUGGUGCGGGCGGGGAGAACGUCGGUGCCACGAGCGCCGGCCUCUCGCGAUGGGCCUUGAUUGUGGCCGUCGGUGUGACGUUGUGGAUGGCGGCAUAGUUGGACUUCCGGCUGAAGCUUGCGGCACCAGCUCUUCUGACUCCAGCUGUAAGAUGUGGCUGGUUCCUGGUGCAUGUCGUGGCGCUGUGUUGGCAACAUCAUCCUUUCACUCCCCGUUUCCGCAUUCUUAUACCCCUAACUGGCCCAUUCGGCGCCCAAGGAGUCUGGGAGAUGGAAUUUUAAACCCCUUUGAUUCAAAAAGAUGACACUGUUGUCUAAUUAUGGUGUCAUUUUGAGGGUCGACUCAACAGUGAUCUUUUGAGACGGAACAAGUCAGGGGUCAGGGGUCAGGUCCGAUCCCCGCCACAAACUUCGACAAUUUGUGGGACGAUUAACGAUAAUGAUAAUGAACAAACUGCUUG